CAUAACCAAGACCAAAACCGAAAAAAAUUCAACAAAAUUUUUUUUUUUUUAAAAAAAAGAGCUGUCUUUUGAAGCAACCAAACAUUUCUUUCUGGGAUUUCCUUUCUCUUCAAAAAAAUCAAUUUUUUUUAUGGGCAAAGAUUCAAUCUUUGUUUAUUCUGUGAACUGGGUUUCUUCCAUUUUAUUUUAUAAUAUAUAAAUCCACGAAAGAUAUGGUAUUUUUCUUUUAAGUUAAUGGGUUUUACAGUUCAUAUCUUGUCACCAAAACGCGUUGCGUUUCCGUGUUGAUACUUCUACUUCUUCUCUCUUUUUUUUUAGCUGCAACGUGGAUACUGCUGUUUUUGUUGUUGUUGUUAGCAGAUCUGCAUUUUGGCUUUGGUCCAGACGCCACUCUGACAUUCUCGUUGAUCAAGUUGGGAACUUCAUUUAGGGUUGAUUUUGGGAAGUGAUUGUGUUUUACUUUGAAGUUUUGGAUCAAGUUUACGAAUUUUUGAGCAGAUUUUUUAGUAGAAAGACUUUGCAUUUUGAUUGAGUAGGACUGAGUUUGAUCUCAAGUUGCUGAGGUGUUGAGAAAUAAUAUGCUUGUGAGGCCAAGGGUUUGGUGAAUUUGAGGUCUUGGGCUGCAGCCAAAGACAUUAAAGUGGUAGAUAUGGCAUCUAGAGAAGGGAGGCGUCAUCACCACCACCAUGAUCUUGUGCCUCUUGCUGCUCUGAUCAGCAGAGAGAUGAAGAGUGAGAAGAUGGAGAAGCCGACUGUUAGAUAUGGGCAUGCGGCUCAGUCUAGGAAAGGAGAGGAUUAUUUCUUGAUUAAGACAGAUUGCCAAAGAGUACCUGGGAAUUCUUCAUCUACUUUCUCCGUAUUUGCGAUCUUUGAUGGGCACAAUGGGAAUGCUGCAGCAAUUUAUACGAGGGAGCAUUUGUUGAAUCAUGUGUUGGGUGCUAUUCCCCGUGGACUUGGGCGGGAUGAGUGGCUUCAGGCUUUACCUCGGGCAUUGGUUGCUGGAUUUGUGAAGACAGACAAGGAAUUUCAGAGCAGAGGAGAAACAUCUGGAACCACAGCAACGUUUGUCAUAGUUGACAGAUGGACUGUGACGGUUGCAUCUGUAGGAGACUCUCGUUGUAUAUUAGAUGCUCAAGGUGGUGCUGUUUCCACCUUAACUGUUGACCAUAGACUUGAAGAGAAUGUGGAAGAGAGAGAACGUGUAACUGCAAGUGGAGGUGAAGUUGGGAGGCUUAGCAUUGUUGGUGGUGCUGAGAUUGGUCCACUCCGUUGCUGGCCUGGUGGUCUGUGUCUUUCUAGGUCAAUUGGAGAUAUGGAUGUUGGAGAGUUUAUUGUACCAAUACCAUAUGUCAAACAAGUGAAGCUAUCAAAUGCAGGUGGGAGGCUCAUUAUUGCCUCUGAUGGAAUCUGGGAUGCCCUAUCCUCAGAAAUGGCUGCACAAUCUUGCCGUGGAUUGCCAGCUGAACUUGCUGCUAGACAAGUUGUGAAGGAAGCCUUAAGGACAAGGGGACUAAAAGAUGACACAACUUGCAUAGUUGUUGACAUAAUUCCUCCUGAUAAUUCACUACCGCCCUCGCCUCCACCCAAAAAGCAGAACAGGUUUAGGGCACUGCUAUUUAGGAAGAAGUCCCAUGAUGGUGCAAAUAAACUAUCUAAGAAGCUUUCAGCUGUAGGAAUUGUUGAAGAACUGUUUGAAGAAGGGUCAGCAAUGCUGGCUGAAAGACUGGGAAAUGAUGAACCUACCACACAAUCAACAUCUGGUCUUUUCACCUGCGCUGUAUGCCAAGUUGACCUUGCACCAAGUGAGGGCAUCUCUGUCCAUGCUGGUUCCAUCUUCUCCACCAGCUCAAAACCCUGGCAAGGACCUUUUCUUUGCGCUGAUUGUCGUAAUAAGAAGGAUGCCAUGGAAGGAAAACGCCCAAGUGGAGUUUAAGUGGCAUAAUUUCAUCAAUGCAACUCCUUUAUUCUUUCUCCCUGCAUUCUGAUUUUUUGUACCCCAAUCCCCAUAGGCUAGUCAAUUUAUUGAAUCUUACUAAAGUGCUACAUCAAUUGUAUAUGUAAUAUUGUAAUAUUAAAAAUAAUGUAAAAUAAGUUUUAGCGUUUAAA